AUGAGCUACUAUCUUGGCGUUGAUAUCGGAACCACAAGUACAAAAGCAGUACUUUUUGCCGAAAAUGGCUCGAUUGUUGCUAUGAAUCACCAGAAUUAUCCGCUUUAUAGCCCUCGUCCUGAAGUUGCAGAGCAAGAUCCCGAUGAAAUUUAUAAUGCCUGCAAGAAGGCCAUUGCAAAUGUCAUGAGAACAAGCAAAAUCAAUCCAGACAAUCUCCAUUUAGUAUCAUUCAGUACUGCAAUGCAUGCAAUUAUCGCUGUUGAUAGAAUUGGCCAACCACUCACAAAAUCUAUCACAUGGGCUGAUUGCAGAGCCACUGCAUGGGCUGAAAAGAUCCUUUCCGACUUCAAUGGACACGAAAUCUACAGGAGAACAGGAACUCCUAUUCAUCCAAUGUCUCCAUUUGCCAAAAUUACAUGGCUUAGACAUGAUCAUCCUGAAAUUUUCGACAACACAUUCAAGUUUAUCGGCAUUAAGGAGUAUAUCUUCUUCAGAUUUUUCGGAGAAUAUGUUGUCGACCACUCUAUUGCUUCUGCCAUGGGCCUUUUCAAUCUUGAGAAGCGCGAUUGGGAUGAAGAAGCUCUUUCUGUUGCUGGAAUUACUCCAGAAAACCUUUCAAAAUUAGUUCCAACAACACACGUUCUCAGAAAUCUCAAAGCACCAAUUGCACGUGAACUUGGACUUAAAGAAGAUACAGCUUUCGUUAUUGGCGCUAACGAUGGCGUUUUGUCAAACCUUGGUGUCAACGCAAUCAAGCCAGGCGUUGUUGCAAUUACAAUUGGAACAUCUGGAGCAAUCAGAACAGUUGUUGACCAUCCUGUUACCGAUCCUAAAGGACGUAUUUUCUGUUACGUUUUAACAGAAGAUAAAUGGGUCGUUGGAGGACCUGUUAACAACGGUGGUAUGACACUCAGAUGGGUCAGAGAUGAGCUUGCAGCAAGUGAAGUCGAAACAGCUAAGAGAUUAGGCAUCGAUUCAUACCAAGUUUUGACAAUGAUUGCAGAAAGAGUCGAACCAGGCUCUGGAGGUUUGUUGUUCCAUCCAUACUUGGCCGGUGAACGUGCUCCUCUUUGGGAUGCCAACGCAAGAGGCUCUUUCUUCGGUUUAGGUUUGCAUACAAAACAAGAACACAUGAUUCGUGCUGUUCUUGAAGGCGUUAUCUUCAAUCUUUACUCAGUAUUCAUCGCACUUACAGAAGUCAUCGGAACUCCUGAAAGAAUCCAAGCUACAGGAGGUUUCGCUAAAUCUCAACUUUGGUGUCAAAUGAUGUCUGACAUUUUCAACCAACCUGUUACAGUUCCUGAUAGUAUCGAAAGUUCUUGCCUUGGAGCUAUUGUUCUCGGAAUGUACGCUUUAGGAGAAAUUAAAGAUUUCUCCAUUGUUGAGAAAUGGGUAGGAACAACACAUUCUCUCCUUCCAAAGGAAGAAAAUGUUAAGAUCUAUAAGGAAUUAACACCAAUUUACAUCAAAGUUUCCGAAUCAUUGAAGGAAUCAUACAAGAUGAUUGCUAAUUUCCAGAAGGAACACGUCCAUGACUUGAAAUAG